AUGUCCUUGUCUGCCACCGUCGCGACUCCCAGCGGAGCGAAGAUCACCGUCCCGACCGGCCUGUUCAUCGACAACGAAUGGGUGCCGUCAGCCGAUUCGCAAGAGAAACUCCAGUGCAUCAACCCUGCAACCGAAGAGCUCAUCUGCGAGGUCGUAGCAGCUUCCGAGAAGGACAUCGACAUCGCUGUCGCCGCCGCGCGCAGGGCCUUCAAGACGACGUGGGGCAAGAACGUCACCGGCUUCGAGCGCUCCAGGCUCAUCCACAAGCUCGCCGACCUCAUCGAGCGCGACGCCCAGCAGCUGGCCGAGCUCGAAACCCUCAACAACGGCAAGCCGGUCAAGAUCGCCAGGGACUUCGAUAUUGGCGAUAGCGUCGGCUGCUUGCGCUACUACGCCGGAUGGGCGGAUAAGAUCCUUGGCCAGACCAUCGAAGUCGACAAUAAGACCAAGCUCGCAUUCACCCGCCACGACCCGAUCGGUGUCUGCGGGCAAAUCAUACCAUGGAACUAUCCGAUCAACAUGUGGGCAUGGAAGGUUGCGCCGGCCCUUGCCGUAGGAUGUACCAUCGUGAUGAAACCCUCUGAGCUCACUCCGCUCACAGCCCUGAAAUUGUCCGAGCUCGUGAAGGAAGCUGGUUUCCCUCCCGGCGUCAUCAACACCGUGCCCUCCCUCGGCGGUGUCGGCGGCGCAGCCCUUUCCUCUCACAAGGAUGUCGACAAGGUCGCGUUCACCGGCAGCACCGUCACCGGCCGCAAAAUCAUGGAAGCCGCCGCAAAGAGCAAUCUGAAGAAGGUAUCUCUGGAACUCGGAGGCAAAUCACCUCACAUUGUCUUCGAGUCGGCGGAUCUGGACCAAGCCGCGAACUGGGCUGCGCUCGGCAUCCUGUACAACACCGGCCAGGACUGCACGGCCGGUUCCCGCCUGUUCGUCCAGGACAGUAUCUACGACAAGUUCAUCUCGAUCCUCGCCGCAAAGGCGAAGGAGCUCACUAUAGGCGAUGGUUUCGAUGAGAAAACAGGCGGUGGACCCGUCGUAUCGAAAACCCAGUAUGAGCGUGUCUGGGGAUACAUCGAAGCCGGCAAACAGGCCGGUGCGAAAUGCAUUCUCGGAGGCACCAAACGGCCCGGUAAAGGAUACUUCAUUGAUCCCACCAUCUUCACCGACGUCACGCCUGACAUGAAGAUUGUCCGCGAGGAGAUCUUUGGGCCGGUUCUAUCUGUUGCUCGUUUCAAGACCGAGAAAGAGGCCAUCGAACUCGCCAACGACACCACUUAUGGCCUGGGUGCAGGCUUGCAUUCGAAGGAUUCUGACCAGUGCAUGCGUGUGGCCUCUGCUUUGGAAGCCGGAACGGUCUGGGUGAACCAAUACAACCUGUUGAAUAACAACGUGCCAUUCGGUGGCAAAAAACAGAGUGGUAUCGGCCGUGAACUCGGCUUCGAUGCCUUGCAAGAGUACAUCUCUGUCAAAGCCGUUCACUAUAACUUCGGCGAAAAGUUGGAUUGGCCGUUGUGA